CCACGGUCUGUGCCCAGCGGGUUCGCUUAGUGCCCGGCUGGCACUGCGGUUUUGGUUCACAGAUUCCCAGACCAAACCAUCCUAAACAUACUCCAACACCCACUCUCCAUCCAUCCAGACUGGUGGUAGAACACAGAGCCAGAACAGCUCUCACACACACACACACACACACACACACACUCAAGAAAACGAGACACCUCAGUCUUCCUCCCAUCAUGGCUAAUGUGUGUCCAUAUGGUCGUUUUACCCACGCCGUGGUGAGAGGUAUCCCAGAGUCCUUUGGGAAGCUCGCAGAGGGAGGAGAGGAGGUGCAGGUAGACCUGGCUAAGGCGCAGCGUCAGUUUGGGGUGCUGACGGGGGCUCUGAGGCAGAAAGUGGGGCUCCAGCUGAUCGAGAUUCCGGCUGAUCCCAACCUGUCGGAGAGCUGGAGGAUUGAAGAUGUGGCUGUGAUCCAGGGAGACACAGCGCUCAUCACACGACCAUGGAAACAACAGAGACGCAGUGAGGCAGAGGCAGUGAGGAAAGUGCUCUCGGAGCUGAACCUGACUGUGGUGGAGAUGGGGGUGGAAGAAGGAGGCUCUGGAGGGGCCACGCUGGAAGGCAGCGACGUCCUCUUUACUGGAAGAGAGUUUUUCGUGGGAAUCUCUUCACACACCAAUCACCGCGGAGCUGAGGUUUUGGCCGACACCUUCAGAGACUUUGCUGUGUCCACCGUGCCUGUGUGUGGCGGCUCUCGUCUGAAAAACAUCUGUUCUAUGGGCGGACCUGACACCAUCAUUAUCAGCAACACCGACGGAGCCAAGAAAACACUACGGGUGAUGGAGCAGCUGACGGAUCAUCAUUAUGACGUGCUGACCGUCCCCGAGGACCAGGCUGCUAACUGCAUAUACGUAAAGGGACCCGCCAAGGUGGACUAUCUCCUCCACCCAACCGCAGACGAAUGCCCCAAUAGCACCCCCAUGUUCCAGAAGCUGACGGAUUACACUUUUCUCCCCACCGCCUGCAGCGAAGCCGUCAAACUGGGGGGGUCGUUGUCCUCCUUCUGCCUCUUGAUCAAUAGAAAACUACAUUACUAACCGCUUUCCCUCACACACACACACACACAC